CUUAAUCGCAUUUUGAUGAGAUUCAAGAGUGCUUUAAUGCUGUCGUAGUAAAGAUUAAUAAUAUUUGACGUGGCGUUAGAUGCGUUUUGUUUUGUUAACUAAAAUUUGGGAUUAUAAAAUUAUUUUCAAGAUGUUUCUAAUUUCCUUUGGAUUUGCAUUAUGUAUAUUUUGCUUCAAUACAUAUUUUGUUUUAGCUGAAGAAAAGACACCUAAAGGUCCAAAAGUGACAGAUAUGGUAUUUUUUGAUAUAACAAUUGGAGGACAGCCUGCAGGACGAAUUGAAAUAGGUUUAUUUGGUAAAACUGUACCAAAGACUGUAAAAAACUUCAUUGGAAUUUGUACUAAACAUAAAGAAGAGCCUGUACUUGAAGAUCAAAUCGUUGGAUAUAAAGGUUCAAAGUUUCAUAGAGUAAUUCGAGAUUUUAUGAUUCAAGGUGGUGAUUUUACAAAUGGUGAUGGAACUGGAGGACGUAGUAUAUAUGGAGAUCGUUUCCCAGAUGAAAACUUCAAAUUAAAACACUAUGGAGCUGGUUGGCUAUCAAUGGCUAAUGCUGGAAAAGAUACAAAUGGAUCUCAAUUUUUCAUAACAACAAAGAAAACUUCAUGGUUAGAUGGACGGCAUGUUGUAUUUGGAAAAGUUUUGAAAGGCAUGAAUGUUGUUCGCAAGAUUGAAGAUACAAAAACAAGUGGUAGUGAUCGACCAGUUAGUGAUGUAGUUAUUGCUGAUUGUGAUAUAAUCCCAGUUGAAAAACCAUUUUCUGUCUUGAAAGAAGAUGCAACAGAAUAAGCCUUAUCAUAACUUUUAAAUUCAUUCAUUUGUAUUAUUCAUUACUUAACAAUAAAGAAUUGUAUUUUUCUUUACAAUAAAAAAUUUAGUAUGAAUUGA